AAUGACAGUCGAUCCUAUUACGACAGAUGCAUUUGUGUAUUGUAGGUAACUAAAAAUAGCACAUAACCUAGCCGUAUAGCUAUAGGUGUGAUUAAACUUUUAUCACUGUGGACUACGACACUCUAGGUAGACACUCUAGGAACUCGGGGACGUAAUACGCAGCUGACAGGAUCUAGCAAAGAUGGCAAACAGAGACAAAGCCGCGAAUCAACUGGACGAAUUCAAGAAAGCACAAUCGAAAGCAGAUGUGCUGACCACAGGAACAGGUGCCCCAGUGGGCACCAAGACGGCCACACUGACCGCUGGACCACGAGGGCCUGUCCUUAUUCAGGACUUCACCUUCACAGAUGAGAUGGCCCACUUCAACAGGGAGCGCAUCCCAGAACGAGUCGUCCACGCCAAGGGGGGAGGUGCCUUUGGAACCUUUGAGGUAACCCACGACAUCACAAAGUACUGUAAGGCCAAGCUGUUUGAGUCCGUGGGCAAGAAGACGCCAGUCGGCAUCCGUUUCUCAACAGUCGGAGGUGAAAGUGGGUCCGCUGACACCGCGCGUGAUCCUCGUGGAUUUGCCGUAAAAUUUUAUACUGAGGAAGGAAAUUGGGAUCUGGUCGGCAACAAUACACCAAUCUUCUUCAUCCGUGACCCCAUAUUUUUCCCCAGUUUUAUCCACACACAGAAGAGAAAUCCACAGACCCAUCUGAAGGACCCUGACAUGUUCUGGGAUUUCAUCUCCCUGCGGCCCGAGACCACCCACCAAGUGUCCUUCCUGUUCUCCGACCGAGGAACACCCGACGGCUUCCGAAAAAUGAACGGGUAUGGGAGUCACACCUUCAAGAUGGUCAAUGGAGAAGGCAAGCCUGUAUACUGCAAAUUCCACUUUAAGACUGACCAGGGCGUCAAGAACCUGACGGCUGACCAGGCCGCAGAGCUGUCCAUGACUGACCCCGACUACGCAAUCCGGGAUCUGUUCAAUGCUAUCGCAGACCGGAACUUCCCCUCAUGGACAGUCUACAUCCAGGUCAUGACCUUUGAGGAGGCAGAGAAGGUCUCAUACAACCCAUUUGACCUCACAAAGGUUUGGCCACAGAAAGAUUUCCCUCUGAUCCAAGUCGGGAAGAUGGAACUGAACAGAAAUCCCAAGAACUACUUUGCGGAAGUGGAACAGAUUGCAUUCUCACCUGCACACAUGAUUCCAGGUAUCGAGGCCAGCCCCGACAAGAUGUUACAGGGUCGUCUGUUCUCGUACUCGGACACCCACCGACACAGACUGGGCAGUAACUACCUUCAGCUGGCCGUCAACUGUCCCUUCAGCACGAAGGUCAACAACUAUCAGCGUGAUGGACCACAGUGUGUCGGCGACAACCAAGGUAACGGGCCAAACUACUUCCCGAACAGUUUCUCCGGCCCACAAGACGAUAGUAAGCACCUGGAGUGUUCCUUCUGCCCCGCCGGCGAUGUCAAACGAUACGAGACUAAAGACGAGGACAACUUUUCACAGGUCACUCUCUUCUGGAACAAGGUGUUGAAGCCAGAGGAACGUCAACGAUUGGUGGAGAACAUCGCGGGUCACUUGAAGGAUGCCCAGGAAUUCAUUCAGAAAAGAACGGUCCACAACUUUACCCAGGUUCAUCCCGACUUCGGAGGGGGCAUCCAGAAACUCCUUAACUCUUACAAGAAAUAGUGUGGGGUGUCGAUCUGCCCAUGCAGCUACAGAAAGAUGGGAUUAUAAGGACUGGAAUAUAAAGUAAUCAGUGAUCAGGAUAUUGACCAAGAAAGUUCCAUCUUCAGUGUCCUAGUUGUUGACCUGGAUGAUUAUGUUGUCCUAUAUAUUGACCUGGAUGUUUAUGUUGUCCUAUAUAUUGACCUGGAUGUUUAUGUUGUCCUUUAUUUCUGGGUUCGAUAUCUGGAACUCACAGAUUUUGAUUUUUUUAUGAAAUCAUUCAAUUGAUUUGUGUGAUAAAAAAAAAUGUGUUCAUUAUCAAGAUUGUUUUGAAAAUCUUUUACACAGAAAAACUUAACAUUCUGUUACUGAGAAAAUUCUGAAGGAAAACAAAUGGGACCUAAAUUAUGGUAUAUUUAUUUUAAACUAUCUAAUUGUCAAAAUGCAGUGUGUUAAAUUCAUUCAGAAUAGAGCAUAGAUGUUGAAUUUUGUCUCUGCAACUGUACAUAGAUAUUUACUUAAAAAUUCCCAGCCAAUGUAAGCAGAAAUUUACAAGUUUAAUUACUAUUUACUAACAAUAUAUCAAUGUUACUAACCGGACGUUUACAAGUUUACAUACAAUAUAAAAUCUAUAGAGAUAUGUAUCUACCCAAUCACCCAUUGUGCCAUCUGACGACCAAUAAGUGUACCUGAAGUUGACGAUAUAUUUACCAUACCAUCACUGUUGGCGCCUAUAUGUCAUCACCUGCCAUCCAUUUCAAGCAUUAGAUUGUGCUAAUACGGAAUGUGGUACGUGUCACCAGGUGAAUACAAGUUCUGCCUGUUAUGCAGGAAUUGAAUCAUCCAGACCAAACUUUGUUUUACUGGUGAUCACAUGGUACUUGAUUGUCGAAUGAAAAUGCUCAAAGAUUUCAAAAUAUUUAUUAUUAGAUGCAUUUAUGUAAUUGGAUCAUUAAUGAUAUUUGACAUUAAACAAGAAUUAUGGUCAAUAGAUAUGAUGCAUUUAAUUUGAA